AGCAUUAAAGUGUCCCUCGUCCCCUCCCGUCCACUGAUCCCGCACAUGCGCACUGAGCGUUAGCCGUUAGCCUCGGAGCCGCAGCAGCACGAGGACUCAGAGCAGUAAGGACUAAGUGAAGCAUUCAGAGUCACGAGAGGAGAGUCUGCCGGAGCAGGGAUGAACCAGCUGGAGCGUCCAACAGACGAGGAGGACCAGGAAGAGACAGAGUGUCACCAUGACAACAGUGACGGGACCAACAAUAACAACAACAACAACAGACGCAAGACGGUGUGUCCAGGUGUAGGUGAACAUCCCCUCCAGUAUAACUACACCUUCUGGUACAGCAGAAGAACUCCGAGUCGUCCUGCGAGUUCUCAGAGUUACGAACAAAACAUCCGACAGAUCGGCAGCGUGGCCUCGGUGGAGCAGUUCUGGAGGUUCUACAGCCACCUGGUCCGACCAGGUGAUCUGAGUGGACACAGCGACUUCCACCUGUUCAAGGAGGGAAUCAAACCCAUGUGGGAGGAUGAGUUUAACCGUUCUGGAGGGAAGUGGAUCAUCCGUCUCCGUAAAGGUUUAGCGAGUCGGUUCUGGGAGAACAUCGUCCUGGCGAUGCUGGGAGAGCAGUUCAUGGUAGGAGAGGAGAUCUGUGGAGCCGUGGUGUCGAUACGUUUCCAGGAGGACAUCUUGUCCAUCUGGAACAGAACGUCCAACGACCAAACGACGACGUCCAGAAUCAGAGACACUUUAAGACGAGUCCUGAACCUCCCGACCAAUACUAUCAUGGAGUACAAGACCCACAACGACAGUCUCAGGGACAACUCCAGUUUCAGGAACACAAAGAUUUCCCUCUGAAGACAAACGUCAGCUGACUGUCCUCCUGACCAAUCAGGAUGCAGAUCACCAGCUGUCUGUCCUCCUGACCAAUCAGGACGCAGAUCACCAGCUGUCUGUCCUCCUGACCAAUCAGACGUCAGCUGACGUCCUCCUGGCCAAUCAGGACGUAGAUCACCAUCCUGACACGCUGCUCUGUCAUUGUU